AUGAUUGCUGCCAGCAUUCAGACAGAGUCAGGUUUGAUAAGAACCCAAGAAGCAGAUUACUUCUUGAAACCACUACCUCCACACAUAGCACAAAAGCAUAACUAUUCUGCACCAGAUGGACACCGCUCCCACGUGUUGUACAAGAGAUCUAUAGAAACCCAAGUACCCAACAAUAAUGAGGUAACUGUGAUUGAGAGACAAAGGGAACUGGAAAAUCACAACACAUAUUUUCAAGAAAAUCAGCGCCAUCACACGCAUGGGCGACUGCAAAAACAGCACUUUUGUGGGAGGCGCAAGAAAUAUAUGCCUAAACCUCCAGAAGAAGAUAUUUACAUCUUACCAGAUGAAUAUAAGUAUCCAGUACGAAACAAGCGGUCCCUUCCAAAGGCCCACAGGAAUAAAGAAUUGAAUGUGGAGACUCUAGUGGUAGUUGACAAAAAGAUGAUGCAAAACCAUGGCCAUGAAAACAUUACUACCUACGUCUUGACUAUACUCAAUAUGGUGUCUGCAUUGUUUAAAGAUGGAACAAUAGGAGGUAAUAUAAAUAUUGCAGUUGUUGGUCUGAUACUUCUGGAAGAUGAGCAGCCAGGGCUUGUGAUUAGUCACCAUGCCGACCAUACACUGAGUAGUUUCUGUCAGUGGCAGUCUGGGCUGGUGGGGAAAGAUGGAAGUCGCCAUGACCAUGCUGUUCUACUGACUGGCCUCGAUAUAUGUUCUUGGAAGAAUGAGCCAUGUGACACAUUAGGAUUUGCACCAAUUAGUGGAAUGUGUAGUAAAUAUCGCAGCUGCACUGUUAAUGAAGACACUGGGCUUGGACUAGCUUUUACUAUUGCUCAUGAAUCUGGCCAUAACUUUGGUAUGAUCCAUGAUGGAGAAGGAAACAUGUGCAAAAAGUCUGAAGGUAAUAUCAUGUCACCCACCUUAGCAGGACACAAUGGGGUAUUCUCGUGGUCAGCUUGCAGUCGUCAGUAUCUGUACAAAUUUUUAAGCACUGCUCAAGCCACAUGCCUUGCUGAUCAGCCUACAUCAGUGAAUGAAUACAAAUAUCCUGAAAAGCUGCCAGGAGAGUUGUAUGAUGCCAACACACAGUGCAAAUGGCAGUUUGGGGAGAAGGCCAAGCUGUGUAUGCUGGAUUUCAAAAAGACUAUCAUAAAACUAGAUACAUCAAUGGAUUUUCAGGAACUUGAACUUAAUGGAAUAGAAUCACUCUUAGGUGCCGAUGGUGCCUGUAGAAGUGUGGGGAGGCUUCUCUGA